AAAAUACAAAAACUAGAGAAAUGAGACUCCCAAACAACUCGGGAUGUAUGCUGACAUUGUUGUAAAGUUAGAAGUCAGCACUCAGCAGGAUUUGAACGGAAACAAAAUACAAUUAAGGGGACUAGUUUGUUACACUGAUCCAAAUCUAGGUUUCUUUUUUAAUUGUCACAACCUGUUCCCAAUUUUCCAUUUCGAUCAGGAUCAGAAGCAGCCCAAAAUCUUGAAAUCGAACAGAUAGAGGGAGAGUGAUGGCAUCUGGAUGGGGGAUAACAGGAAACAAAGGGAGGUGCUAUGAUUUCUGGAUGGACUUCAGCGAGUGCAUGUCUCGUUGCAGGGAACCCAAGGACUGCUCUCUUCUCAGAGAAGACUAUCUCGAGUGUCUCCACCACUCCAAAGAGUUCCAACGUAGGAAUCGAAUUUACAAGGAGGAGCAGCGUCAACUGAGAGCAGCUGCGCGAAAGGGCAAGGAAGGUGGAAAUGUAGAUGGUCAUAGUCAUUAAAACAGUUGUGAUUGAACGUUGUUUAAGAUUUCAAGAAUAAGAAUCCACAACUCAGUUGUAUUCUGCUGCAUUCUUCACAUGCCUGUAUUUUGCUCUUAAACAGGAUUCAUUUGCUAUCUGCAAAAACUGCAAGGAAAGUUUGCAUUUCCUUGCAUGUGGACAUCAAUGGUAUGCGAUGCUAUAAUAGGUGAGGUAUUGAUUUUACCAUGUUAA